AAAAUUUACAUUGGCAUACCAACUAGACCCAGAUCCAAAGUUGCAGACUUUUCAACCAUUUUCAAAGUCAUUUUACCCACACACACAACACUACUAAAAAGGAUUAUGUAGAAGACUAAUUAAUGUUUCUUAAAAUACUAUUUCUUUAUUGUGCGUUAGAAAGAUAUGAGAGCUGAGAGAGGAAGCAAGCAGAGGAGAGGAUAGACAAAAGAGAAAAGGGACAUUUACCAGACAAGAGUUCUUUCUUCUCUGCCCCUUGCUUCUUUCUCUCUCUCUCUCUCUUUCCUAGUUUCUUUUGAGAAGAUUUAGAAGAAGGGGAAAGCUACAAAAAAACUUCAGACUCGAGUUUCUUUUGGAUCAUGCAGGUAAGAGUUUUUUUUUUUAGGCUACAGAGCAAUCAUGCUACUUUGCGCCUUUUCCCAAAAUCUUAUCCAUCUAUCUCGGUAAGGAAAGUAAUGUUGGAAAAAUGGUGAAGAAAGGAAGUUGGUUUUCUGCAAUCAAAAGGGUUUUUAGUCCACAUUCCAAAGAGAAGCUUGGCAGUGAAACACAGAUAAAGAGUGGAAAAGAAAAAAGGAAGAAAGGUUUUGGGAAGCGAGAGCCUAGUAGUAUUGAAAAGAUCUUGGGCGAGGCUGCAAGGGAUCAUAAUCUUGUUUUCAGGCCUCCUACUCCUGAGAGACCAAAUCCAUUCUCAGUCUCUCCUCCUCUGAGGCCUGCUUCUCCAAGAGUUGCCUCACCACGAGCUGCUUCUCCAAAGCCACCUUCUCCUAGAGCUGAAGUUCCAAGAUCCCUUUCGCCAAAGCCACCUUCUCCUAGAGCUGAAGUUCCAAGAUCUCUUUCGCCAAAACCCCUUGAUCGAUCAAAGCCAGCAUCAGCCUCUGUCAAUGCUCAUCCUCAAAGGCCUGCUUCUACUCGAGUUCCUUCUCAGAGAAUUACCCCUCCCAGUGUUCCUUCUCCAAGACCAAGUUCACCAAGAGGUGGUGCCUCCACACAAGCCGUCUCUUCAAAGUCACCUUCUCCUAGAGUAGAGCCACCAACAUUGGACACUCCAAGACCUCCUUCGCCAAAGCCUCCUUCCCCAAGAGCAGACCCACCAAGAUUGGAUGUUCCAAGACCUACCACGCCUAGGCCACCUUCUCCAAGAGCAGAAGCACCAAGAUUGGAUGCUCCACGACCCACUACGCCUAAGCCACCUUCUCCAAGAGCAGAGCCACCAAGAUUAGAAGCUCCAAGACCCACUACGCCUAAGCCACCUUCUCCAAGAUCAGACCCACCAAGAAUAGAUGCUCCAAGACCCACUACGCCUAAGCUCCCUUCUCCAAGAGCGGUUUCGCCUAGAACUGUUCAGCGACGGGAGAUUGUGCAUAGACCAGAGCCAACACUUUCGGUCCAACAUGCUUCUGCAACAAAGAUUCAAGGAGCUUUCAGAGGUUUCAUGGCAAGGAAGAGUUUCAGAGCUCUUAAAGGUCUAGUCAGGCUUCAAGGAGUGGUGAGAGGAUACAGUGUGAAGCGGCAGACGAUAAAUGCAAUGAAGUACAUGCAGCAAGUGGUCCGUGUUCAAUCCCAGAUCCAGUCACGUCGCAUCAAAAUGUUGGAAAACCAAGCUCAGGUAGAGAAAGAUGAAGCCAAAUGGGCUGCAACUGAAGCUGGUAAUGAUAAUUGGGAUGACAGUGUGCUGACAAAAGAGGAAAGGGAUGCAAGAUCACUGAGAAAAACUGAGGCUAUCAUCAAGAGAGAAAGAUCCAUGGCCUAUGCAUAUUCUCGCAAGUUGUGGAAAAACAGUCCCAAGUCUACUCAGGAGAAUCGUUCUUCAGGUGGGUUCCCUCAAUGGUGGAACUGGGCGGACCGGCAGAAUCCUCUUGCUAGUCCUGCACCGAGCUAUAACCAACAAUUAAGAGAUUUCAGGCUAACACCAUCAAGACUCUGUCCAAGUCCUCUGUCUCAGUCAAGCAAAAAACACCAUACAAGACUUGACAACCACUUUGACAAUUCAACACCCAGGUCGUCGAGAUCUACACUGCUCACUCCAUCCAGACACAUCCACAGUGGUACAUCAAGAUACUCGAGUGGAAGACUAAUAAGAGGUCAAGAUUCUCCAUUCAAGGAUGAUGACAGCCUCACAAGCUGCCCUCCGUUCCCGAGUUACAUGGCUCCAACAGUCUCUGCAAAGGCAAAAGUUAGACCAAACAGCAAUCCAAAGGAGAGAGUGAUGGGUACACCUAUCAGCGAGAAGAGGAGAAUGUCGUUUCCCCCUACACAACAGCAAGGUCUCGAUACGUUUAGAUGGAACAAAGGGUCAUUGGUCAUGAGCAACAGCAGCAGCCAAAGGGGUCCUGGUUCACCUGGAGGUGUGGUUCUUGAGAAACACAAGACACUUAAAUCAGUAGGAAAUUUGAGCAUUGGUUCCUCUGCCUCGACAGUUGGGAGAAAGGAAUUUAACAGAUUUGUGUGAUCUCUUUUGAUUUGAACAUUUUUUUUUCCUUAUUUUGUUGCUUUUGCUUCACUUAAGGUUGGUGGUGUUGAUUUUGAGUGUUGUAACAUAAUAAAAAGGUAAAACAAAAACAACAACAGAGGAUUUGGUUUGAAGUAGAACUUUUUAAGACUCAUA